CCUGAUUGCUUCUUAAAUAAUAUGCAAAUCUAGAAAAUACAAAUUUUGUGAGACAAUGCAACAAUUACUUCAAACAAAACAGAAAACAUUUCCACCUGCUUCUAAUAAAUCGGGAGAUGUACAAAUGGCUGAUCUAAAACCACCAUGGUCAGCAUCCACUGGUUUUCAACUAAUGGAAGCCGAGCCACUGGGUAGGGGAUCAUUUGGAAGUGUUUUCAAAGCUCGACACCGCCUUGACUUUAUUCCCUACGCAAUUAAACAAAUUGAUGUACUGCCAGCCCUUUCAAAACUACGAAGUGAAAGUCAAGAGGAUGAAUCUGUUCGUCUUGACAAACUUGUGCGAGAGAUUAAGUUGCAGAGCAGCAUUAACAGCUCCUUCGUGGUCAGGUAUCACAGUUACUGGGUGGAAGGGUCGGGUUCAGAGAAGGUCAAAAUUAGCGAAAUACAAGAGCUUUUAAAUUUGAUUUUGGGGGGCAAAGGGGAUGAAACAGGCGAAGGUAGCAGUUAUAAUUCAGAUUUAUGGAGCUCAUCAAAACCAUGUUUUUCCCAGCACAUUAUGAAUAACCGGACAUUUAUUUACAUUCAAAUGGAGUUUUGCAACAAAUGACCCUUAAGGAAUUUAUGAAAAAUGCCAGUGAUCAGGAGAAAUGUCUUGAGUGCCCAAGAAUUAUUUCACAAACUGCAAAAGGACUGAGUGCAAUACAUGCGGCAGGAAUAAUUCACAGAGAUCUAAAACCCGACAAUAUUUACGCGACAAAAUCCGGGGACAGAAAUCUGUUUAUUUGGAAAAUUGGAGAUUUUGGACUUUCGAUAAAGUUGGAACAUUCAUUAGCAUAUGAACUUGGAGAUUGGGAUUUAAUAAAAAUGGAUGCAAUAAGUUCUACAAAGGAAGAGGAAUUUUCAUCUCAAAGUUUUAAAGGGACGAGUCUUACAAAAGCCCAGAGAUGUAUGAGCAGAUGCCCUACACUGCAAAAACCGAUAUUUACUCCUUAGCUCUAACAUAUAGUUUUGUGUCAUGCAAAUUUCCUGUGGAUUCGGAUCGUAUCGGGUAUUUCUAUGACCUGCGAGUAGGAACCCUUCAACCCAGCAGUAUCGUCGAGCAACAAACAACAACUAUGGAUGACGGAACAAAAAGAAAAUAUUUUGAAGUUAUCAAAAAAAUGCUCAGCCUUAACCCAGAUGAAAGACCAGAGGCCUCUGAAAUUUAUAACGAAGUCAAGGAUCUCUUAAUAUUCUACCGGACAGGAAACGAAUUAUCAGAUACCACAAAAAUCUACGGGAGGAAAGCUGAACUGGAUAACCUGAAUAAAAUUUUUUUUGAAAGACAAAGUAAUUUCGCAAUUAUAAAAAAUUCCGGAAAAUAUUCCAAAAUUGGCAUUGGUAAAACUAUGCUCGCCCACAGCUUCGUUUCGAACUCCCCGCAUCUUCAAAACUAUUCCAAAAUUUGGUUGGAAUCUUCAACCCAAGACUUAUUUGAGGCGCAGUUAUUUAAUCUGUGCGCAGAACUAGACAUUCCAACUAGAAAACCAGGUGCCGUCAAUUUCAUCCGAGAAACGGAAGACAUCUUAAAGGAUCUGUGCAAUGUGCUUAAGGGAACCAACACAAUAAUUAUAUUAGACGAUUUAUACACGGAAGGAGAUAAUACAUUAAACUUAACAGCAACAACAUUGCCAAAUUUAUCCAAGAAAGCGAACUAUUCUUUAUUAUAACAGCCAAUUUUGAUAAGUUGUUACCCAAGUGUUUGUCUCCAUCUGCAAAUAAUUUAAUAGACUUAAAACCUCUUAGCUUUGAAGACGGACAAGAACUACUAAAUUCGGAAUUGAAAGAAUAUGAGGACGACGACGAAAAAAAUGUAAAACUUCUUCAUAUCCUAAACUUUAACCCAGUUUUGGAUAUGGGAAAAGUGACAUGGAAACCCUGGCGACCUUUGGACUAUCCAUUGUUCAUGUUAAGAGAUUUAGCAACGAAGAUGAUAUUCCAAUAACAAUUCUGUCUUUUUUGUAUUACAUCUAUCCUCAGCAAGUAUCAGUGGAGAUGGAACGCAACAUUUUCCAACAGCUUCUCCCAAACGUGUCCUACUCUAAAAUAGAAGAGUUUUUUAAACUGCUGCAUUAUUUUAAUUUAAUAACUACUAAAAAUGAAAAUCGUGGGGAUUUUAUCUCCAUUGCGACCGAAGCCUAUUUUCUCUUAAAUUUACCAAAUGGUGAACAUUUCCUGGACGAAACUCUUCACAUUUUCCAAUCCAUGAUGCCUAUAACCACGGAAAGUUGGGUGCCGAUUAUUGCAACCUUAAUUGAAAAUGCAAUGCCGUACCAUUCUUUGGUUGAGAAAUACGUUGACCUUACUUUCGAAUGCAACUACUUAAUGCGUCAUACAUACAAAAAUUUCAAGAAAUACUUACUUAAAAAUUUGGGAGCGUUUAAAAGAUGUUUUGGACCGCAACAUGAACACACGCUUAACAUGAGAAACUGGUACAUAUCUGCCAUAAAUAAUGAAGGAAAGUUCCAUCUAGCUUUGAAGGAAUGGAAACGUCUUGAAAAAAUAUGCGAUAAGAAGUUCCCUCAAAAUCACUGGCUCAAUAUCGACAUAAAGCAGCGGAUAGCGUUAGUUUUCCACGAACUUGGAAUGUUCCAGGAAGCUAAAUCUGGGUUUGAAACUUUAUUGGAAAUAGAAUUUGGUAAAGAUAAUGAAAUAACAAAAUUCAGGAUUAAAGGCAAUUACGCACUAACUUUGAAGGAACUGAAUGAGUAUGAUCCUGCCUUAUCCUUGUUUAAUGAAGUUUUGGCAUAUUGGUCCAAUUUGGGGGAUGAUAUCGAAAUAUGUUCAGCAAAACACAACAUCGCUGCAAUUUACUUUGACCAAGAAAGAUUUUCUGAGGCCAAAGAUAUAUUUCAGGAGUUACUGGAAAUUAGCACAAAAAUGUUUGGGGAGGAGGAUGCGGAAACCUUGGAAACGAAAAUUUGGAUGGCGAAAACGUGUUGGCAAAUUUAUCCACAGAACAAAAAAUUAGCUGAGGCUAUAGCUGAUGUUUACAAACAUGUUCACGCCGUUCAAAUUAGAGCCUUAGGGGAACAUCACCCAAGAAGUCUAGAAACUUUGAAGGAUCUGGCUGUGUUUUUAUUUGAAAAUGGAGUGUAUAAUACUAUAUCGGAAGUUAAAGAGAUGUUGGAAGUUGUACUGCAAGGCAAUUUGGAAAAUUUUGGGGACAAACAUCCAAAAACAUUAGGAACGAAAUUUCUCCUAGCGCAAAUUUCAGAAGAGGAGGGAGACAUGGUGCAGGCAUUACAAGGCUACAAAGAAGUUUUAGCCGGAUUUGAAAUAAUUUAUGGAGGUCUGCAUCCAUCAACUAUUUCAGCAAAGGAAGGAGUGGGCCUGGUUUUAUAUGAAAUGAAAGAUUUUGAAGCGGCAAAAAUUAUUUUUGAAGAGGUUUAUCAGACUAGAAUUACAGUUUUGGGGAGGGAUGAUAAGAAAACGCUGUUUUCUCAAUACAGUUGUGCGGAUUGUUUAAAUAUAUGUGGGGAAUGGGAUAAAGCUUCAAAAAUAUUGGAAGAAAUUUUAGAGUUUGAUGGACAAAUUGAAGAAGAUGAAGAGAUUACAAACCUGUUUCAAGAUACAAGACAAAUGUUGGAGAAAAGCCGUACUUAAAAAAUUAAUACCUAACUGACUAAUUAACUAAUUGAAAAAUAAUACAAAAUACCUGAUGUUGUUGGGUUGUAUUCCGUUAAGUAAUUACGCAAUUUUGUAUUCUCCAAGGAAAUGUAAGGAAAUGUUAGAUUGAUACACAAUUAUGAAUACGUCUAAGUGCGAAUAAAAUUUAUAAGCGUACAUUUGCUCAACAACAAGAUGAACUUAAUGGAAUAAUUUUCGUGGAUCGUUGAAUAGGUUGAAAUGAGCUAAUGUGGUACAAUAUUAUAUUAACCUAGAUUUUAAUCAAUGUUAUAAGUUAAAAUUAAAUUUUAUCAAUUUUGAGUUAAUUUUAGCGGUAUAGUUGUGGAAGUUGAUGCUAUCAACAAUUUUUUGUCAUCCUCAGAUUAUGUAUAUAAUAAUUUUAUUGGUGUCUUUUUUGAGUAUACAUAAAUACAGUGGAUUCAUACCCUGAAAGCUUGCUAUGUAUAUACACGGCCAUGUACAUUUAAUUACACGACGACGUUACCAGUUAAAAUUCUUUUCUUCCAAACUGGUACAAAUUAAAGCCUAUUAUGGAUUUAGUAUACAUAGAAAGAAUCAUCAAAUUCAUUUUCCUAGAUUUGUAAGUAUACAUAUCUACAAAUUAAUGAAUGUAUAAAUAUUGGUACCUGUGUUAAAAUGUAAUACAAGAUUUAUGCUCAGUGAACUCAGAGUGAGAAACUCUGAUGUCACUGGAAUGUGAUGACUGGGAUCCGUUCCCAAUUGAGUUUAUGAAUAUUAGUUAUAAUGUAAUAAUUAGCAGAUAUUUUGUUUUUAACUGUAUCGUUAUAAAUAUGACUUGACUUCUGGUA